AUGGUUGUCAUAACCACAUCCAGCAAGAAGCGGAAAAGCACAAAGAAGGAGCGCGGGAACUUGCGUCUGUGGGCUGAAGGAGCACAGGAGGAUACCCUCCGAAAGCAUUUGAAUCGUGUUUCCGAGGCAAGACUGCGAGGAACGUGGGCGCAAGAAAGGGCCGCAAUCCAGGCAGCGUGCAAUGAAUAUCAUGCGCGUAUUCCUUGGAACACCCCAGACCACGUGGAACCUACCAUUGUGCUCGACUACGACCCAAAGGCUCCAACUGCGGCUGAAGACCUGACAGAGGAGGAGGAGAAAGAGAAAUGUCGCCUCAUCGCCGUGUGCAAUGCUCGUAUAACCCGAUGGUACACAUACCGUAUCAGACGCGCGCUCAAGAAGCAGCGGGAGAAUACCCUUGAUCCCUGCAAAAAUCCAUUUGCUGUAUUGCUCGGCAAGCUCUCUGGCCUUGCCCGCGCCCCCAGAGCGCGACAGCCCUUCCAGCAGUUUCAGCGCGAGUCAUGGAGGGAGAAGAUUGCACCAAUCAUUGCCAUUCGUCGUGCAGAGCUUCCACCGGGUGCCCCCUACCGGGCUGGGUUUCGAGCGGGCGUUGCACGGGAGCUCUUUGCGGGAUUGUCAGAGGAGGAUAAGCAGGGUCUAAGACAACGGGCAACGGAGGAGGCGGAUGUGAAAAAGCGAGAGUAUCUGGAGGGUCUGAAGGCUGAGCCGUCUCGAGAGCCGUUGGACGUUCACAACGCUAUCUGGGCCAUUCACAGCGUCAUCUACCCCAUUCUUGAGGGAAUCUACAAACGCACUGGGCUGCAGGCACAUCUCAUUUGCGGGGGACCUACACCGGAGUUCGGGGGCGAGAUCCGCACACACAUUAUCUCCUAUGGCGAAAACAAUGACACCGUCCCAGUGUCGUGGGCCGAGUGGGAUGAGGAUCGAUUCACAAAGAAUGUGCGAAAGUUCUUCAUCGAGUAUCUGCAAACGGUCUACACGGCGGAAGACUGCGCAGCUGCGGCACUUCCGCAGGACGUCCUCGACACCCUCAUCCACCAGGGGGAUCUGUAUACGAUGCCCGAGGAAAAGCCUCGUGAUGUCAAUGGUCCCUCUUCUAACGAGGAUGACGAUGACGAGGAUGUGAAUUCGACUGAUUCAGAUUCGGACACGGACACGGAUGUGGAUGCGGUUGCCCUGGCCAAUGCGGUAAAGAAGAAGAAGGCGCGAUAUGCAAAGGAGAAGGGUGGUAGAGGAGUGCUGAUGAUGAAGGAGAAGCAGAAGGCGGGUAAUGCGGUUGACAGGGCAAGAGCUCGGCCCAAGCCAAAACCCAAGACGAACGCUGCGAGCAGCGCUACCGUUACCCAAGGCGAGGUUACGUCCAUGUCCUCCGCUCGCUCAGCAUCCUUCUCUACCACUACACCUUUGGAUGUCCCAGAGGCUUGA